AAUAUGGAAGCUGGUUUGCAAAGGGUCGUGUUGCUGUUAUCUGUAUUGGUUUCGGGGUUGUUGUUGUCUGCGGUGUUGGCUGCACCGAAUGAUGGGUUGGUAAGGAUUGGACUGAAGAAGGUGAAACUGGAUGCGAAUGAGCGGCUGGCUUCAGCGGUGGAGUACAAGAAUGGGGAGGAAUUGAGAGGUUCGAGUAGGAAGUAUGGUUUGGGUGGUGCUGAUGAGGGGGAGGAUAUUGAUAUUGUUAAGUUGAAGAAUUACUUGGAUGCUCAGUACUAUGGGGAGAUUGCUAUUGGGACUCCCCCUCAGCCUUUUACGGUGAUUUUCGACACCGGCAGCUCCAAUAUGUGGGUUCCAUCCAUCAAGUGUUAUUUAUCGGUUGCGUGCUACUUCCAUGCCAAGUACAAAUCGAGCGCGUCGAGUUCCUAUAAGAAGAAUGGAAAAUCUGCUUCCAUCCAGUAUGGUACUGGAUCUAUUUCAGGUUUUUUUAGUAAUGACAAUGUUAAAGUUGGGGACCUCGUAGUGAAGGAUCAGGAAUUUAUUGAAGCGACUAGUGAGCCUGGUCUAACAUUCUUGGCUGCUAAGUUUGAUGGAUUAUUAGGCCUUGGAUUUCAAGAGAUUUCGGUUGGAAAUGCUGUCCCAGUGUGGUACAACAUGAUUAAACAAGGGCUUAUCAAAGAACCUAUGUUUUCUUUCUGGAUGAAUCGAAAUGCUGCAGCACAAGAAGGUGGUGAACUUGUAUUUGGAGGUGUUGAUCCCAAUCACUUUAAAGGAAAGCACACAUAUGUUCCCGUAACGAGGAAGGGUUAUUGGCAGUUCGACAUGGGUGAUGUUCUUAUUGGUGAUAAACCAACAGGAUAUUGUUCUGGUGGCUGUAAUGCAAUUGCAGAUUCCGGAACUUCUCUUUUGGCUGGUCCAACGACGGUGAUUACCAUGAUCAAUAAAGCCAUUGGAGCCAAUGGGAUUGCUAGCCAGGAAUGCAAGGCAGUUGUUCAACAGUAUGGUCAAACCAUAAUGGAAAUGCUAUUGGCCGAGGCUCAACCUAAGAAGAUCUGCUCCCAGAUUGGAGUGUGCACCUUUGAUGGGACUCGUAGUGUUAGUAUGGGAAUUGAGAGUGUAGUGGAUAAGAACCAAGGAAAAUCUUCUGGAAUUUUUCAUGAUGCUUCAUGCUCCGCUUGUGAGAUGGCAGUUGUCUGGAUGCAAAACCAACUUCAACAGAAUCAGACCCAGAAUAAUAUUUUGAACUAUGUGAAUGAGCUUUGUGAUAGAAUGCCAAGUCCAAAUGGACAAUCUGCUGUAGACUGCCAACGUCUAUCUUCCAUGCCUACCAUUUCCUUCACCAUUGGUGGUAAAGUUUUUCCUCUCCGCCCAGAGGAGUAUGUACUCAAAGUGGGGGAGGGUGCUCAAGCUCAGUGCAUAAGUGGUUUCACCGGCAUGGAUAUUCCUCCUCCCAGGGGACCUCUCUGGAUCCUAGGAGACAUCUUCAUGGGCCGCUACCACACUGUCUUUGAUUAUGGCAAAAUGAGAGUUGGAUUUGCAGAAGCUGCAUAAAGAGAUACCUUGGGACCCUUGUAAUAGCUGUGAUGUUUAUGUUCAUGGUUAAUUACUUGCUAUGUCCUUGCAAAUAUACCUGCGUAAUGGAGCAAGUGGUUAAAACUUGGAAGUUGAGGUGGUGUAUGCUGUAAACAAACUGUUGGAAACCUUUUAUCCAAUGUUAU